AUGGAGAUCAGGUUCAGUGGACCAUGUAGUCUUCACAGUUUAGAAGUACAUGGUAUCCUGGCGUCACUAGGUCGGGUUACAACUCCGGUUAAUUCGGGGUCUUACGACUUAAACGAAUUGGGUAUUCCUAAAAAUCUCACACCCAGUGAUGUAUCUAACUUUAAUCUUAUUAUUGAUCAUGUAAUUGGUAAUAAAAAACGACCAAGAGCUGAUGUCACCAUUCCGAUCGGAGGAAUCCCUCAAAUGCCCUUGUCACGCGAGGAACUUUUCAUCCGUGGAAUAUUUGACAGCUGUGCUUUUAAAUCCACUGCAAGUUGCGUUGUUGGGUUUGCAUUGGGUGCAGCAUUUGGUUUGUUUACCGCUGGUGUUGAUCCAAUGUCAACUAUGUCUACUGAGACACCAACAACUCGCAUGGUGCUGAGAGAAAUGAAAGCUCGAUCCUUAUCUUACGGCAAAAAAUUUGCACUGGUUGGAGCAAUGUUUGCUGGGACAGAGUGCCUGGUUGAGUCUUACAGAGGAAAAACUGAACUUAUCAAUGGAACAGCCUCAGGAGCUAUUGUUGGUGGUGUGCUUGGAUUAAGAGCUGGUCUGAAGGCAGGUAUUUUUGGUGCUGUGGGGUUUGCAAUAUUUUCUACUGCCAUUGACUACUAUAUGAGACAUUUGUAACAUUUUAAGAUUUUAGUUUUAUGAACAUGUGAUGUAUAUACAAACAAGAGUUGUAGAAAUCAAAUGUAAAGACAGUGUAAAUAUUAUUUAAAAUUUGAACAAUAAAA